AUGGCAUCUGGGCUGUUGGCCUGGACCGCCAACAAUGCUGUUCUCAAGCCAAGCUGUCGACUAUUCUACCCGUUGACAAUCGUCUUCUUCCUCACGACCAUUGUUCUCGCGAGCACCGAUACUAUUUUACCUUCCGCCGCUUCCGCUUCGUUUCCAGAAUGUGGACUGUCAUGCACGCAGCUUCAACAGGCUGCGGACAGCUGCCUGGCUAGUCCGGAGGACACACACGCAGUCCAUGUCUCUUGCUUCUGCCAGUCGUCUCUGCUAUCUCAGCUGAAAACCUCCCCUGAUGGGACCUGCGACUCGUCCUGUACCAGCGAAUCCGAUAGACAGUUGUUGCAGGCAUGGUACACUAACUAUUGCAAUUCUGGAGGCAAUUCUGGAGCGGCCACGACAACAGUCACAUCAGGUGCUGCGGCAAGCACAUCUACCUCAAGCUCAAACGCCCAGGCCCAGGCCAAAGAGGCCAAACCCCAGACCUGGUGGGACGGCCACUACCAAUGGGUCAUCAUGGUUAUUGUCCUCGUCAUCGCAUUCAGUAUCAUUGCCGCGGUAGCCACAUGGCUUAAGAAACGCCAUGAUGCGAAAUAUCCGAAUCUCUAUCAUGGCGUCGGCGGCAGCGGCAGUGGCACGGAGAGCGGAUUCUUCGCCAGUCGCGUACGUGACCAGAGUCCAGGUCCCGGCCAACCUGGCCAAUUCUCGUCGACCUUGGGCGGUCUUGCACCCCCGCCCCGGUCAAGUUACCCAAACUCCGAUUCAAUUGCCAGCAGUUCGCGAACGGAGGUCGUACCCCCCAAAUCGCGGUCUGGCCACCCGUCGUCACGUUUAGCAAAGACACCACAGUCGGCGGACGACGACGUCGAGAUUCGGGAGGUUACUCGAUGA